AUGGAAUCCUAUCCCCGCCCAGACUUUAACCGCAACCCAACCUGGAAAUCCCUAGACGGCCCCUGGUCCAUCCUCUUCGACGACAAAGAUGAAGGCCUCUCAGCCCAAUGGCAAAAGUCCCUCCCAACAGAAACCCCAACCCAAAAGAAACGACCCAUCACAGUUCCCUACGCAUUCCAAACUCCAGCAUCAGGCAUAAACAUCCACGAAGUCCACGAAGUACUAUGGUACGAAAGACUCAUAACUGAUAUCCGAACAGAAGCCGAGAAAAUCAAGCAAAAUAGAAUCAUUGUCCGAUUCGGUGCUGUCGAUUACGAAUGUACGAUCUGGGUCGAUGGGAAUUUCGUAGGCUCUCAUCGGGGCGGACAUGUCCCCUUCGACAUGGACGUUACGGAUGCGUUUACUUCCACGUCCACGGAGGCAAGACUUACAUUACGUGUCCGUGACUCCGCAACAGAUCUAGCCCAGCCACGCGGAAAACAGUUCUGGGGCCCUGUCCCCGAGAAUAUCUUCUAUACGCCUACCAGUGGGAUCUGGCUGUCUGUUUGGAUGGAGAGUGUGCCUAAGAUGAGAUUGUGUGAUGGGAGUGGUGGGACGGUGCUACGAUCAGAUGAUAUCGAUGGUGGACGGAUUCGUGCUCAUGUGGCUAUUGCCGGACGAUCAUCUGCCAAGGAGCAAGGAAGACCAAGUGUUGAGAUCGAGGUUUCGAUUGCCGGUGUGGUCGUUAGUACGACUCGAGCUGAUGUUCACGCGAAUCGAGAUUGGGCCGAGUUGGAAGCUAACGUGAAUGUUUCCGAGAAGGAUGUUCACGUAUUGAAAAAAAGGAAGGAGUUGGAGUACAUCGAUAUUGAGGGGGCAUGGCAUGACGGCGUUGCGCUCUGGGCACCCGAGCAUCCGAUUCUAUACGAUUUGGUUAUCCGGCUCUAUGAUUAUUCGGGUGGGCUUGUUGAUGAGGUGCAUACUACAACUGGUAUGCGCAGUUUGUCCUGGACAACCGGCGACGGAACCUUCCGAUUGAACGGCCGUCCUUAUUUCCAGAUGCUCUUCCUUGAUCAGGGAUACUGGCCUGAGACAGGACUUACGCCACCCUCGUCCGAGGCUCUUCGGACGGAUAUCGAGAUGGCCAAGGCUCUUGGGUACAAUGGGUGCCGCAAGCAUCAGAAAGUCGAAGACCAUCGAUUCCAGUACUGGGCUGAUCGGCUCGGAUGGCUUGUAUGGGGUGAGAUGGCGAAUGCAUACGAGUUCGGACCUGAUUAUGUUGAGCGGAUGGAUGCUGAGUGGGCAGCCGCCAUCAGGAGGGACAUCAAUCAUCCUUGUAUCGUGACAUGGACGCCUGUAAACGAGAGUUGGGCGUACACCGAUUUGAAGGGGAGUAUUGAGCAAAGGAAUCACCUGCGGUCACUCUAUUAUUUGACCAAAUCCAUCGAUCCCAGCAGACCCAUCAAUGACAACUGCGGCUGGCAACACGUCCUAACAGACCUGACAACCUACCACGACUACGCCGACUCAGCCGAACUAACAAGCACAUGCUCAAAAAUGGAAACCGGAAUCCUAGCCCCAAAAGCCGGACAUGACAUGUUCGCAAAACCCAUCUACUCGGGUUUCGCAGGACACACGCUCCUCGAUGCCGGUACGCAACACAAAGCAGGUGCACCGGUGAUCUGCACUGAGUUCGGAGGCGUGAAUAUUGCUCCAGCGAAAGAUGACCAGAAGGGAGAAAGGGAUUGGGGUUAUACGACUGCUGCUGAUGUGGAGGAUUUCUUGGUGAGAUAUGAGAAGUUGGUUAUGGGGGUUGUUAAGGGUGGUCAUACUUGUGGAUUGGUUUAUACGCAGCUGUGUGAUAUUGAGCAGGAGGUUAAUGGUCUCUAUUCUUAUGACCGAAAGGAAAAAGUACCCGUUGCGCGGGUUAAGGCUAUUAUGGAUGCUGCGAAGGAUUAUUACUACGAUCAUGUUGGCGUGCAGACGCAUGGAUCUAAAGGGUGGAAGAAGCUGAUUGAGCAAGGAAGACAUGUCCUUCAUCGGUGA